UACACGGGACAAGAAAGAAAAAAUAAGUCGAGUCAAGCGCGCACCACAGUGCACUGGGGGAUGCUGCAGCACUCUGAAUUUCCAACCAUAUUAAGGAUAUUUAAUUUCAGAGAAGACAUUUUUGGCGGUUGGAAUUUUUGAGCCUUCCAUGACUGACUGAUCUGGCAAAGAAGAGUCAAGGUACAAACCAUGGAUCAAAAUUUGUUUGGAGGGGCCCCCAGGUUCCUCACCCGGCCCAAAGCGUUCGCCGUGUGCGUCGGCAAGGACGCCACGCUGAGCUGCACCAUUGUUGGCAACCCCACACCACUUAUCACCUGGGAGAAAGAAAAGCUGAAACUGACAUCCGGGGGCCGCUUCAAGACUGUGGAAGAUGGGGAUGUCUACCGUCUGACCAUCUAUGACUUAGCGCUGGAAGACAGCGGUCAGUACCUGUGCAGGGCCAAGAACAGUGUCGGCGAGGCCUACGCAGCCGUGACCCUCAAAGUGGCCCUCCCAGCAGAGAUGACUCCAAGAGCCCCCGUUUUCAUGCUCAAGCCCACAUCAGCACGUGUGGGUUUGGGGGACAAUGCCGUGUUCCACUGCAGAGUAGUCGCUCACCCCGAGGCCAACUUCGACUGGGAGAAGGACGGACGCUACCUGGGCGAGACCAACCGCAUCAAGAUCAUUUCGGAGAGCGACAGCAGCAGCUUAAAGAUCCAGAGCGUGCGCAACCUGGACAGCGGCACGUACAUCUGCACGGCCCAGAACACUUUGGGCCGGGCGCACGCCGCCGCCAUGCUGGUGGUGGAUGCCCAGGGUGCCCACCAAUUCGCAGCGGAAACCCACACCUCCCUCCUUUCUCACCUCCAGAAACGUAAAGAAGAAAUGAAGAAGGACAUAGCUGUCUUUCGUAACGAGGAAAGCGCCGCCUCAGAUAAAAUCACAGACAGUCUGAGUUCCCUGAGUCUGGAGCAUGAGGUGAGGUCGUCGGUACUGGCAAAACUGCCCAAGGGUGUGUUCACCCGCACCUGCACAGUGACGGAGGGAAAGCACGCCAAACUCAGCUGCUUCGUGACGGGUCACCCCAAGCCUCACAUUAUCUGGAGAAAGGACGGAGCAAAUAUCAGCGAGGGCCGCCGCCACGUCAUGUAUGAAGACCAGGCAGAGAACUUCAUCCUCAAGAUCCUUUACUGCAAACAGGACGACAACGGUUUCUACACCUGCAAUGCCACCAAUAUGGCUGGUCAGACCUACAGUGCUGUGCUGGUAACAGUCAAGGAGCCAAAGGUGCCGUUCAGGAGGAAGCUUCAAGAUGUGGCGGUCCAAGAGAAAACGUCGGCCACGUUGAUGUGCGAGGUGCCGCUGACUGGCAGCAGGGCUGACUGGUUCAUGGAGGAAACGCGCCUGGAGCAAAACGCUAAGUAUCGCAUGGAGGAACAAGGCACCCUGCGUCGGCUCACCAUACACAACGUGACCACCAACGAUGACGGCGUUUACAUCUGUGAGAUGAAGGAGGGCAGCCGCACAGUGGGCGAGCUCACCGUCCUGGGCAACAUUACAAAGAAGCUUCCGCGGAAGACGGUCGUUCCCAUCAGCGACACCGUCAUCUUCUGCGUGGAGCUGGAGCAGCCCUGUCCGGACGUCUACUGGACCCGCAACGGCGAAAAGCUGAAGGCGGAUUCCCGGAUUUCCAUCGCUUGCCUGCACCGCCAGUACACGCUGACCAUUCGGGAGUGUCAGGCGGAUGAUUCAGGAGAAGUGGCCUUUGUGGCUGGAGACUGCAAGACGUCCACUCGAUUCUCUGUCACCGCGGCAAGGAAGCAUCCUCCCGAUCCCCCGGUCGAUGCUGUGGUGCAAAACAAGACGGACUCAUCCAUCACCCUGCAGUGGUCUCCUCCAGACAGUGGCCGCCCCGUGCCCAUCAAGAGUUACAUUGUAGAGAGGAGGAAGGUUGGCACUCAGACCUGGCAGAGGUGCAACGUUGGAGAAACGAUUUUGUCAACGGAGAUCACAAUCUCUAACUUCACAGAGGAAGCCACUUUCCAAUUCCGUAUAUCUGCCAUCAAUGACUUUGGUCAGAGUGACUACCUGGAGGUGCCUGGAAGCUUCUACCUUGAACCCACUGCUGAAAUCACGAAAGGCCUUGCGGACAGCACCGCAGUUUCCGGUGAAGAGUUCUCCAUUUCGGUGGAGCUCUCAGGCGUUUGCUCGGGCUUCUGGUCUCUAAAUGGCCGCCUGCUGCGAAGUGGUGGCGACUACCUCAUCACCCGUUCCAAGAACGUACACACGCUGCUCAUCCGAGAAGCGACUCUGGACAUGAACGGAACAGAAGUCAAAUUUGUGGGCGGAGGCUCACAGAGCAGUUGCAUCCUAGCUGUCAAGGCGCCGCCUGUCCGGUUCAUCAAUAAGUCAGAUCAGCAAGAGGUGGUGUUCUGCAGCGCCCAAGCCACUGCUCAGAUGAUAGCUGAGGUGUCGGAUUACGAUGCGCAGGUGGUUUGGAUGAGAAAUGGACGGGAGGUAAAAAUGGGCAAGAAGUAUGAAUCGGUGACUGUGGACCGCAGGAGGACCUUGAGGGUACACAACGUGACAGAGGAAGACGUGGGCAGUUACGAGUGUGUUUGCGCUGAUGACAAGAUUUCCAUGCGGCUCACUCUUAAAGAUGAACCUGCCAAGUUCCUAAAUAAACCCAGAGGUCCAAUGGGCCUGUUAUCCUCACUCAAAGGAGAUCUCGAGCUGAGCUGCGACGUUUCUCCUGCUAGCACGGCGGUCACAUGGAAAAAAGACCAGCUGGAGAUCUUCGAGGACCAAAGAACUACCAUCAUCUCUAAAGGUACCCAAAGGAAACUCAUCAUCAAAAAUGCAAAAAAAAGCGAUGAGGGUCAUUACUGCUGCGAGACGGCCACCGACAAAAUCACAUUCCAGGUUAAGAUUAAAGAAACUCAAGCCCAGCCUGCCUUCUCCAACAAGGAAUUGGUGCAGAGGGAAUUAAAAGUGGCUCUCUCCCAAAAAGCCAGUCUCAGUUGCACAGUUUCAGACAGCAAGACAGAGGUGAAAUGGUACAAAGACGGCAAGCUGCUCGUCUCCAGUCGAACUCUUUACACGGAAGUCAAAGGCAAUCACCGCCAACUGGUGAUUGAAAAAAUUGAGAAGAGUGAUGCUGGAGAAUAUACUUGCGAGGCUGGAGGAGAGAAGCUGGUCUUCAAAAUUAUUGUGCCUGACUCCCAGGCGGCCUUCGUUAACAAAGAAACAGUCCAGAGGGAGGUGAAAGCCACUCUCUCCGAGAGAGCCACUCUAAGCUGUGAAGUGUCUGAUUCAACCAGGGAAGUCAAAUGGUACAAGGGCGGGAAGCUGCUGGUCUCUGGUAAGACAACACGUGCCGAAACAAAGGGGAAGAUUCGCCAGCUGGUGAUCGAUAGCGUGGAGAAGAAGGAUGCCGGGGAAUACACGUGUGAAGCCGGGGAGGAGAAGCUCGUCUUUCAGAUCAAUGUGACUGAGCCUCCACCAGCCUUCGUCAACAAAGAAUCUGUCCAAAAGGAGGUGAAAGCAAAUGUAUCUCAAAAAGCCACUCUCCGCUGUGAGGUUGCUGACUCCAAGAUAGAGGUGAAAUGGUACAAGGACGGGAAACUGCUGGGCAGUAGUAAGACAAAACGUGCAGAGUCCAAGGGGAAAAGUCGCCAGCUGGUAAUCGACAGUGUGGAGAAAAAGGAUGCGGGAGAGUACGUCUGCGAAGCCGGUGCUGAGAAGUUGAUCUUCAAGCUCCAGGUGGCAGAUGUGCCUGCCAAGUUCCAGAAGAAGCUCGUCAAGGACACAUGCAUCAUUCAGGCCAGCGAGCAGAUUGUUUUGACCAGCGAGCUGACUUCAGAGAGCAGCAGCGGCGUGAGGUGGUUUAAAGAUGACGUGGAGCUCAAGGAGAGCACCAAGUACCAAAUGAAAAAAGAUGGCCUCUCUUGCACACUCAUCGUCAUGUCCACUGAAUUCAAAGACAGCGGUGUGUACUCCUGUCGGACUGCUGAUGAUAAACUGGAGUUCAAAGUCCAGGUCAAAGACAUAGCUGUUAACUUUGUUGUCCGGUUGAAAGCCGUCACGGUCGACUUGGGGGCCGAUUUAAAUCUAACGUGUGAGUUGAACCAAGCUUCAGGCGAUGUUCUAUGGCGGCGCAACGGUUCUGAGCUUAAACCUGGAGGCAGGUUGCGCAUCAAGACAGACGGCGUAAGGCGAAUCCUCAUAGUGACUGGCAUGACGAAGGAAGAUGAAGGCGAAUACAGCUGUGAAUGUAAAAAUGACAAGACCUCUGCCAAAGUCUCCUCAAUAGCCCCCCGAGUUGUGAGACUGUCUUCCAAGCUGAACAACGUGGCCGCAAUGGAGGGCAAAGAUGCCAUAUUCAAGUGCACCGUCACCCCGGCGGACGCACGCGUCAAAUGGUUCCACAACAAUGUUCCUAUCGCUCAUGGCGCCAAGUAUAAGAUUGAGCAUGGUGGCAACACCCACUCGGUCGCCGUCACUUGUGUCACCCUGAAGGAUGCGGGGGAGAUCAGCGUGGACGCCGAAGGGAAAAGCUGCAAGGCGACGCUUCAAGUGCAACGUGAGCCGGUGACAUUCAAGAAGAAGCUGGAGAAUAUGACAGCGGAGGAGCAGAGCGAGGCAAAGCUCGAGGUGGAGCUGAGCAAGCCGUCAGACGAAGUGCACUGGAUGAAGAACGGCGUCAAGUUGCAGACUUCAGUGGGUGUGGAGGUCCGGGUGGAUGGCGCUAAGCAGGCGCUGGUCUUCAAGAGUGUGACUUAUGCCGACCGCGGCAUCUACUCGUGCGAAACCCUUGAUGACAGAACCCAGGCCAAGCUCACCGUCGAGAUGAAGAAAGUUGAGCUGAUCAAAGGUCUCACGGAAACCAGGACACACGAGAAACAGACGGUAAGCUUCGAGGUGGAGCUCAGCCAGGCUGAUGUCGAAGGCUCGUGGACCCGGGACGGCAUCAGGUUGAAAUCAGAGCCCAAUGUCCGCAUCACAGCUCUGGGAAAAACGCACGGCCUUACCUUGUCAAAUCUGACGAGAGAGGACACGGGAACCAUCACCUUCCUGGCGGAAGGGAUCCGGACUUCCUGCAAACUCAUUGUUACAGAACCCCCUGUUACGAUCUCAAAGCCCAUUGUCGACAUCAGCGUUGCUGAGAAGGAGAAGGUCACUUUGGAGUGUGAAGUAUCAAGAACAAAUGCAGAUGUAAAAUGGUUCAAGGAAGAUGUACAGCUGAAACCAGGGAAAAAUUUAAGCAUUCAUUCUUUGGGACGAAAACGCACCUUGAUCAUCAACAAAUGCACCCCCGAAGAUGCAGGCACUUACAUCUGUCAAGCUGCCGACGACAGCACCUGCGCCAAGAUCACCGUUCACGCCAGAGAUGUUAAGAUUGUGAAGAAGCUGGAGGAUGUGGAGGUGAUGGAGAAGGAGAGCGCUGCAUUUGUUUGCGAGGUUUCACACGACGAAGUGGAGUGCCAGUGGUACAAGGGAAGCUCCAAACUUAGAGUCAGCGACAACGUCAAGAUGAGACAAGAAGGCAGGACCUAUGUGUUGCUGUUUAAAAGUGUGUCUGCAGCAGAUAUAGGUGAGAUUAAAUUUACAGCAGAGAAGGCCUCGUCAUCUGCACAACUGACGGUGAAAGAGCUGCCCGUCAAGUUUGUGAAGAAACUCCGAGAUAAGAUAGCCAUUUACAAGCACCGUGGCCACCUGGAGUGCCAAGUGUCCCGCGCCAGUGCCCAAGUCAAGUGGUUCAAAAACAAGACAGAGUUGAAACCCGGACAGAAGUAUGAGAUCAAAAGUGACGACGUGUACCGGAAGCUCACCAUCCACAACGUGGACGCCGACGACGAAGACACGUACACGUGCGACGCCUCUGAUGACAAGACAUCCUGUAAACUGCUUGUGGAAGAGCAGUCCAUAAGCAUUGUGCGGGAGAUGAGUUCCGUGGAGGUGACGGAACCUUUCGCCGCUGUCUUCGAAGUUGAGAUCAGCGUGGAACUGGUGAAACCGCCCAUUUGGACUCUCAGCAAAGUCGCCCUGCAGGAGAACGCCGAUGUUGAGAUGGAGACAGAGGGCACCAUGCAUCGUCUCACUUUCAAAAAGACCAAAGCAUCCAUGACGGGCCCCGUGCAGUUCACGGCUGGCAAGAGCAAGUCACUUGCCCAGCUUACAGUCAAAGAGCGUCCCCUUGAGAUUGCAGAGCCCAUCAAAGACGUGAAGGCCAAGGAGAAAAGCUCUGCCAUUCUCACUUGUAAAUUCUCUAUCCCGCCAAAAGACAAAGUGCAGUGGUUUAAAGAACAGGUAGCACUGGCUGCAUCAGACAAAUAUAACAUCAAGCAAGAAGCUACCAGGGCUCAACUCACCAUUCAUGGGCUGACUGAAGAGGACAGUGGCGAGUACCGCUGUCAGUCUGGACCUGCUGUGACAAAAGGAAAUCUUCUAGUUGAAGUGCGUGACAUAAAAUUCACCCAGCACCUGGCUGACACUGAAGUGGACGAAGACAGCGACGCAGUGUUCACAUGUGAGGUCAACUAUGCCGACGAGGAGGCCCGGUGGCUCCUGAAUGACAAGGCGCUCUUCACCAAUGAAGUCAACACCAUAACCCAUGACGGGAAAGUGCAUAAACUCACACUUAAGAACCUGGCACCUCAAGAUGGCGGUACUAUCACAGUUUACGUCCGCAAGGUGAAGGAAUCUGUCACGCUUAAGGUUAAAGAAAAGCCUGCCCUUUUCCUCAAGUCUCUGGAUGACGUCGUCGGUGAGGAGAAAGGUUCCAUCACUCUGGCUUGUGAGGCAUCCAAACCCAGAGUCUCUCCCAUGUGGAGUAAAGGAGGCAGCCCGUUGAAAGCUGGACCCAAAUAUGAGCUCCUUCACACGGGCAAAUCUUUGGGGCUGAUCAUCAAGGAUGUGACCAAAGACGACGCGGGGGAGUAUACUUGCGAUCUGGGAACUGAGAUGUCCAAAGCAAAGGUCACUGUAAGAGAAAUUGGCAUCGGGAUCACAAAAUGGCUGAAGUCAGCUGAGGUGAACGAGGGUGAGACGUGCGCUUUCGAGUGCAUCUUGUCUCGGGAGAUCACCGACGAGUGCACCUGGACUCUUAACGGCCGAACCGUUGCAAGCGGAGGCCGCUUUCAAAUGAACAGCAAAGGACGGAAGUACAUGCUGACCAUCAAGGACGUCACCCCUGCUGAUGCCGGAGACGUCAUCUUCAGCAUUAAGGAUCUGACCUCCAAAGCAUCACUGACUAUUGAAGGAAAAGCGUCAACACUCUCAAGGGACCUGGAGAACAUCAAUGUGGUUCGGGGGGAAAAUGCCACUUUUACCUGCGAGGUGACACAAUCAACCGCCAUUGUCAAAUGGACAAAGGAGGGCAAAUCCAUAAGGAAGAGCCAGAAGUACGACAUCAUCAAGGAAGACUGCGUGAUGAAGCUGGUCAUCCACAACGUCUCCAGUAAAGACGCUGGGGAGUACAGAUGUGAGGUUGUCGGAGGGGCAACCGCAAAGGCCAAGCUUGACGUGAAAGAGCCAAUCCAUAAGUUCAUCAAAGAACUGAAGGACACCAAAGCGGAUGAGAAGACCUCUGCGACGAUGCAGUGCGAGACGGUUCAAAGCCCGUCUGCGGUUACCUGGCUUAAAGGGCACACGGAGCUCAAGGCUGGCGGUCGAUACGAGAUGAGCCAGAAGGAAGCAGUCUUAUCUCUCACCGUCAAACACCUCCAGGAAGACGACACUGACAUCUACACCUGCGAUGUGGGCACAGCCAAGAGCGUGGCCAAGCUGACUGUUCAGGCUCUGCCUGCCACUUUCAAAGAAAAGCUCAAGAAUCGAGAUGCAACGGAAGGAGAAACUGUGACACUUCGCUGUGAGCUAUCGAAGCCUGCAGCCAACGUUCACUGGAGGAAAGGCUCUGAAACUCUCACUCCUGGAGAGACGUAUGAGAUAAAGCAGCAAGAGGCAUCUUGUGAGCUUCGCAUUAGGAAUGUCAAAACGGACCAUUGCGGGGAAUACUCUUGUCUAUGUGGGGACCAGAAGACAUCGGCGACUCUCAAAGUGAACGCAUUACCGCCAUCCUUCACGGUGAAGCUGCGGAGUCUGGAGGCCGACGAAGGAUCCAGGGUUACCCUACGCUGUGAGACCUCGAAACCUUUAGUCCCUGUUGAGUGGAAAAAGGGUGCACAGCUGCUCACGUAUGGACAAAAAUACCAGCUGAAGCAGCAGGCUUGUGAGAUUGAGCUCCUCAUCAACCAGACCGAGCCCGAGGACAGCGGAGAGUACAGCUGUGUGUGUGGGGAGCAGACAACCAUGGCCUGUGUCAAGAUCAAGGCCUUACCGGUGACCUUCACAAAGAAGCUGCAGCCUCAAGAGGCCGAAGAGGGAUCCAGCGUUACACUACGCUGUGAGACAUCGAAACCCGGAGUGCCAGUGGAGUGGAAAAAAGAAAGACAAGUGCUAAAGUCUGGAGAAAAGUUCCAGAUGAAGCAGCAAGCGUGUGUCAAUGAACUCCAUGUCAGUGAAGUACUGCCAGAAGACAGCGGGGAGUACAGCUGCGCGUGUGGGGAGAACAACACUGCAGUUGUCCUCACUAUUAAAGCCCAACCGGUGACCUUCACGGUGAAGCUGCAGCCUCAAGACGCCGAAGAGGGCUCCAGGGUUGCGCUACGCUGCGAGACAUCGAAACCUGGAGUCCCGGUGGAGUGGAAGAAAGGAAGACAAGUGCUGAAGUCUGGAGGAAAGUACCAGAUGAAGCAGCAGGCGUGUGUCAAUGAACUCCACAUCAGUGAAGCGCUGCCAGAAGACAGCGGGGAGUACAGCUGUGUGUGUGGGGUGAACAACACUGCAGCUGGCCUCACCAUUAAAGCACAACCGGUGACCUUCACAAAGAAGCUGCAGCCUCAAGAGGCCGAAGAGGGAUCCAGUGUCACGCUCUGCUGCGAGACGUCUAAACCUUUAGUUCCAGUGGAGUGGAAGAAGGGAAGACAAGUUCUCAAGUCGGGAGAAAAGUUCCAGAUGAAGCAGCAAGCGUGCGUCAAUGAACUCCACAUCAAUGAAGCGCUGCCAGAAGACAGCGGGGAGUACAGCUGCGUGUGUGGUGAGAACAACACUGCAGCUAGAGUCACCGUUAAAGCCCAACCAGUGACCUUCACAAAAAAGCUGCAGAGUCAAGAAGCCGAAGAGGAUUCCAGUGUUACUCUCUGCUGCGAGACGUCAAAACCUUUAGUCCCAGUCGAGUGGAGGAAGGGAAGACUCGUUCUGAAGUCGGGAGAAAAGUACCAGAUGAAGCAGCGAGCGACUGUGAAUGAACUCUUGAUUUGUAAAGCAGCAGAGGAAGACAGUGGAGAGUACAGCUGCGUGUGUGGGGAGAACUAUACUGCAGCUAACCUCACUGUUAUAGCCCAACCGGUGACCUUCACAAAGAAGCUGCAAAGUCAGGAGGCGGAAGAGGGAUCCAGUGUGACUCUUCGCUGUGAGACGUCCAAACCAGGAGUCUCAGUGGAGUGGAAGAAGGGAAGACAGGUCCUCAAGUCUGGAGAAACGUACCUGAUGAAACAGGAGGCGACUGUCAAUGAACUAUGUAUUCAUGAAGCAGCGGAAGAAGACAGCGGGGAGUACAGCUGCGUGUGCGGCGACAAUCAAACGACAGCCAGUCUCAAAAUCAGAGCCGUGAAGCCGGCAGCUUCCCUCCCGGCUGAUAAAGUGGAAUCAAAGAGGCUUGGAACUCAAGAAAUGGUGAAAGUGGUGACACUGGAAGAGACCAGCGAGAUCUCUCAACGGCAACUCGUGGAACAAGAGACUCGCGAGCUUCGAGUUGAAGCCCAACCAGUGACCUUCACAAAGAAACUGCAAAGUCUGGAGGCCGACGAGGGAUCGACGGUUACUCUUCGAUGUGAGACUUCGGAGCCUUUAGUCUCAGUGGAAUGGAAGAAGGAAGCGCAGGUCCUGACGUCUGGAGAUAAGUACCAGAUAAAGCAGCAAGCGUCUGCGAAUGAACUGCUUAUCACCCAAGUGGUGCCUGAAGACAGUGGAGACUACAGCUGUGUGUGUGGAACGCAGACAACCACGACUUGUGUCAAGAUCAAGGCCAUGAAGCCACCAGCUUCCCUCCCUGCUGCUAAAGUGGAAACUAAAAUACCGGAAGGUAAAGAAAAAGCGGAAGCCAAAGUGACUGAAGCUACAUUGGUGGUUGCUAAAGAUGAGCAGAAGAAGCAGGAGAUACAUGAAACAGUCGAAGUUGUGACACUGCACAAGACCAGAGAGAUGUCUGAACAGCAGCUUGUGAAACAAGAGAUGCAGGAGCGCAGAGAUGAAGCCUCGCCUGUUUUAUUCAAGAAGACCCUGGACAGCCAAGAGGGCACCGAGGGUGAAAAAGUCACUUUGUCUUGUGAGACAUCCAGCCCCACCUGCAAGGUGACUUGGCGGAAGGGCUCAACUCUGCUCAGCCACGGGGAGAAAUACAGCAUAGACCAGAGCGCUGCCAUUCACACUCUUGUCAUUCACAAGCUGAGACCGGAGGAUAGUGGGGAGUACAGCUGCGACACGGGUGACAAGAAAAGCGCUGCUACUGUCACUGUCAAAGAACACGUGCGUAUCCUGCGGGAACUGCACGACAUUACCGUGCAAACGGGGCAGGACGCUAUCUUCGAGGUGGAGUUGUCUCACGCCGGUGUGACCAGUGUGGAGUGGUGGCUGGCAGACAACCUCCUCCAGAACAAUGACCUGAACCAGAUGAGUAGCGAGGGCCGAGUGCAUCGCUUGGCCCUGAAGAUGGUGACCACUGACGAAUCGGGAGAUGUCGCCUUUGUUGUGGGUGAAGAAAAGAGCCUUGCUUGUUUGCUGGUGGAAGAGAAACCAAAAGUGCUCAUUGUCAAGAAGCCGCAUAACACGGCAGCAUCGGAGGGGGAAACCGUCACCCUGGCCUGCACCAUCUCCAACCCCAAGGUGAUCGUGACCUGGAUGAGAAACAAUGUGGUCAUCAAAGCAGGUCUCAAGUACGAUCUGAAGCAGAACGGAGCCUUCCAGCAGCUUUGCAUUCACAAUGUGGUGCCCGAAGACGCGGGGACGUACACCUGCGAGACCGUAGAUGAUCGGUGUGACGUCACCCUAACUGUGGAAGCUACCCCAGCGUUCUUUAAGAAGGAGCUGGAGAACCAGGAUGCCAUCGAGGGUGACGACGUUACCCUCCGCUGCGAACUAUCCAAGCCAGGGGUCUGCGUGGAGUGGAGGAAAGGAGGUGCAGUUCUUGCGCCUGGUAAGAAAUGUGAACUCUGGCAGGAAGGGUGCGUUCACGAGCUCCGUAUAUGGAACCUGGAUCCGGAAGACAGUGGUUAUUACACCUGUGACGCAGGAGAUCAACUGACCACUGCGUCUGUGACAGUGCAAGUGAAAGAGAUCUACAUUUUGUGCGGUCUUAAGCCCGUGGAUGUGUUUGUUGGGGAAUGGGCAACAUUCUCUUGUCAGCUGUCCGGCCAGGCGCCCGGCAAAGUGCAGUGGUGGUUGGACGGCACUUUGCUGAAGAGCGGCCCCGAGACUGAGAUAGGGCUGAGUGAGGGCCACAUCCACACACUCACCUUUAAGAACCUGGCCACAGAUGACUCGGGCACUGUCAUGUUCAAAGCUGGCAGUUUAACCUCAGCAGCCAAGCUCCUUGUCAAAGAUCCCACAGUUGAAGUGGUGAACGACAUGGAGGACCUUAGGGUGGUCGAGAACCAACCGGCCGAGUUCAUCUGCCAGUUCUCGAGGCCGGUGAAGGCCGAGUGGAAGCGAGACGGGCAGCCGUUGCAGCCUGAUGGCCGCAGGGUGGUAGUGGAGCAGGACUGGACUGUGUCUCGCUUGUACAUUAGCCGCGUGUGUGCCGGAGACAGGGGCACAUACUCCUGUGAGGCAGAGGGGACCCGUGUGGUUGCUUCGCUUCAUGUGGAAGCCAAACCCAUCAACAUAGUCCAAGGCCUGGAGAACGUGGAAACCUUUGACGGAGGAGAAGCUUUGUUUGAGUGUGCCUUGUCUCGUCCGGAGAACAAAGACUGCCUGUGGCUCCUGGAUGACAAACCGGUGAAGGAAUCACCCAAUGCUGAGAUUGUGUCCUUUGAGAGCGGCCGUCGUCACCUGCUCCUCCUCAAAGAGCUGCGCGUUAGUGACAGCUGCACAGUCACCUUCAGGGCGGGCACGACGUCCACGUCUGCCCACCUUGCUGUCAAGGGCUGGCAGCUGGGCGUGGCAAAGCAUCUGGAGGACGUGGUGGCCGCCGUUGGUGAGAGGGUGGAAUUUGGUGUGGAGCUGACUGAGCCCGUGCUCGCGUCGGAAAUCGUUUGGUAUGCCAACGGAGUGGAGCUCAAGCCCGGCCAACUGUGGAUCACCAGGAACGACGGAUGCCGCUAUCGCCUCAUCCUGAGGCAGGCACCACUCAUGGCUCAACAGGAAAUAACCUUUGCAGCACGCGACGCUCUCUCUAUGGCCAAGCUCUCCAUUAUCGCUGUACCAGACCCACCGGAGGACCCCGAAGUCCUCAGCAAGACCAAAGAAUCGGUCACCCUUUCCUGGUUCACUCCCCUACAUGACGGAGGAAGUCCCAUUCUGGGCUACAAGGUGGAGAUGAGGCUGGCAGAAAGCGCUCUGUGGCUUCCGUGCCACUCCACUCCCGUGAGCAACACCGAGUUUGUGGUGGGAAAUCUCAUCCAGGGCACCGGCUACAGGUUUCGAGUGGCAGCCAUCAACAGAGCCGGUACAGGGGAGUCUGUUGAGCUUCCUCAGACUGUGCAGCUUGAAACGGAGGUCAAAGAAAUUGAGUCGGAGCAACUAGGACAGCCCAGUCUUCCUCCGGAGGCUGCUGAAGAAGGAGACCUCCAUGAUCUGUGGGAGGCCUCGGCCAAGAAAAGGCGCAUGAGUCGCGAACCUACUCUGGACUCCAUCACUGAACACCCAGAGGACGAUGGGAAAGGCGGCCCAAAGAAAACGGAGCAGAAGGAGAGCAGCGAUUCAGAGAAGGAAUCAAUAUCAAAAGAGAGCGAGCAGACCAAGAAACAGACCGAGUCUGAAUUGCACACCAGCUCUGAGGAGUCCCAUUCUGAUGGGUCUUCGCUUGUGUCCUACCUUAAGAAGAACAGUCAGCUUCAGUCUUCAUCCACGGUUGAGACCUCCGAUGACCGGACACUAGCCACCGAGCGCUUCUUUAAACACUUUCAGAUGACCGACCAGAAAACGACGACAGUUCAGCGGACCGAAACAAAGCAGGCAUCAACACCGGAAACUGAGAUCCUGGAGAUCAGCAAGGAAGACGAACCUGAGCUCAGGGAAGCUGCCAUCAAGAUCCAAGCUGCCUUCAAGGGCUACAAGGCGCGCAAGGACAUGCGGCCGGUUUUCAAGGAGGUUUUCAAAGACCAGACCAAAGAGCCGAAUGGCACCAUACAUCUGGAGUGUGUGGCAGAAGGUAAACCCGAUAAGGUGCGUUGGCUGAAGGACGGAGAGCCGCUGUCGGACGGCAAACACCACCACAUCGACAUCUACAACGACGGCACUUGUUCCUUGGUCAUUACUGCCAUCACCACCAAAGACACGGGCGUGUACACGUGCGAGGUCAACAAUAAGUUUGGCGUCAUCUCUCACAGUGCAAAGGUUACGGUGGGAACCGUGAGAGAAUCAUGCGGCCGGCGGCCGCUGACAGUUGGCUACAGCGCCGACAGUGAGCCAGACAGCUCGUCGGGCAGCGAGAUGGACGAGUCGCUGAGGCAGGCGAGCAGACGCCUCCGCCGGUUGCUACGUACGCGCCUCCCGCCGGAUGUGGAGGAGGAACCUUUCAUCAGCGCAGAUGAAGGAGAACUCUGCCCUCCGGAUCCUCACUCUUACCGUGAGGAUGACAGGUACAUUUACAUCCGCUUCGACACGUGGUCAGAGGCGGAGGUGGCGUCCAAGAGGUUCCACGAGAUGUUUACCAUCCACGGAGUCCCAGUGGAAACCAGCAUCCUGGACGCCGGACAUCUCAAAGUGGAGCUGCGGAUUAGGAAGAUGGAGUUCACACAGGAUGGCACAGAAACACCCACUCAAGAAAAACAACCUCCUGUGUUAUUGUCUGGAGCUGCUGCCGCUCCCGUCUUCUUGACAGAGUUACAAAAUCAGGACGUGCCCGAAGGCUAUCCGGUCAGCUUCGACUGCGUGGUGAUCGGCAAGCCUUCGCCCGCCGUGCGCUGGUACAAAGAUGGCAAAGUGCUGGAGGAGAAUGACCACUACAUGAUCAACGAGGACCAGGAAGGCUGCCAUCAGCUCAUCAUCACUGCCGUGCUGCCGUCCGACAUGGGAGUCUACCGUUGCACGGCGGAAAACAGCAGCGGCAUUGCGGCCACCAGGGCCGAACUCAGGGUUGACAUGUCCUGCAGCUCAGAUUAUGACACUGCUGCUGAUGCCACUGAAACCUCGUCUUACAUCAGUGCCAAAGGCUACUUGUCCAGCAGGGAGACCGAGACCUUUGAGUCCGUGACGGAAGAUGAUCAGUUGCCUCAAGUUGUGGAGGAACUUCAUGAUGUUCACGUGAGCCCAGGUUCACCAAUGGCGAAGAUGCAACUCAGGGUCAAAGGUUUCCCCAAACCGAGAGUGUAUUGGUUCAAAGACGGCCAUCCCCUGCACGGUUCCGAAAAGAUUUUGGUGUUAGCGCAGCAAGACCUUCACAGUCUCGAGAUCCUGGAGGUGAAGAAAGAGGAUAUGGCGGAAUACUCGGCCUACAUCAGUAACGCGGCUGGUUCUGCAUACUCUUCUGCCCGGCUCAUUGUUCUAAAUCCAGGGGAGAUUAUACCUCAAGAUGCGAAAGACUCCCGGGAGUCUCUGGUGCCUCCGCGUUUCCUUGAAAAAUUCUGCAACAGGAAAGUGAAACAAGGAACCAGCAUCACAUUAUCCGUCAAAGUCGAAGGAUCUCCCACUCCAGUGGUCUCGUGGCUAAAGGAGGAGUCGGUGGAGGAGGUGCUGUGGAUCAAGCCUGAUACCAAAGGAUACAAAGUAGCAAGCUCCGGCCGCCAACACAGUCUCAUCUUAAUGGAUGUUGGAACCGAGUACACCGGCGCCUACACCUGCAUUGCCACCAAUAAGGCGGGACAGUCCAUUUGUACUGCCCACCUUGAGGUGGAUGACACUCCACCACAAAAGAAAGAGACCAAGGCUUCAGAUGUUCUCGGGAUUACUGUCAGUCCACCAGAAGAAGCUGCAAAGAGGGGAAAGGAGAGUAAAAUGUCCUACUUUGGAGAAGUUGGUUCCGAAGAAUUCCUCAUGAAACUCACCUCCCAGAUCACUGAAAUGGUAUCGGCCAAGAUUACGCAAGACAGCACACAGAAUCAGGAAGUGCUCCAGUGGAUGAAAUCCUGGCCCAAAACGACCAGCUCAUUGCGCGUACCAGGUGCAGACAGUGACGACGACACCAAGACCCCUUCGGCUUCUCCUCACCACGGUCGCUCCCGUCCCCCCUCCCUCGUGGCUGACUCCUCGUCUGAGUCCGAUGAAGGAGAUGCCAGGGGAGAGAUGUUCGACAUCUACGUGGCGACGGCCAACUACGACCCCAUCGUGGCCAGCAAAGAAUCCGUCUCCCUGAAGGAGGGACAGUAUGUGGAGGUGUUGGAUUCGGCCCACCCGCUCAAAUGGCUCGUGCGGACCAAACCCACCAAGACGACGGCAUCCCGCCAAGGCUGGGUGUCGCCUGCCUAUCUGGACAAAAAGUUCAAACUAUCUGCUGAUUCGGGUGACCUUCCUGAGACAAGCGUAGAGGAGGUGUCUGAGGGAGAAUACAAGAAGAAGUUAUUCCAGUUGAUUCAUGACAUCAUAAACGGUGAAUCAGAGUUCGUCAAAGAGAUAGACUUCUUCACGGGUCAUCACCUGAGGCACGCCGACUCUCCUGAUGCACCGAGUGAUGUCAGCGGCCAGAGGGAAGUCAUCUUUAGGAACAUCAACGACUUGAAGGACUUCCAUGCCAGGGCGUUCCUGCCAAAACUGAGCGAUUGUGAGACGGAUGAUGAUGUCGCCAUGUGCUUCCUGAAGAAUAAGGAAGGCUUUGAGAAGUACCUCCAGUAUCUUGUAGGUCAGAGCCAGGCUGAAAGUGCCAUCAGUGACAAAACGGUCCACCGCUUCUUCAAGGAGUACACCGAAAAGGAGCAAGCCAAUGCAGACCCAGCUGACCCGCCUAUACGCAGCAUCAACGCCUACCUGCUACAACCUCUGGACAGGAUUCAGAAGUACAAGGUCUUCCUCAAGGAGCUCAUUCGAAACAAGGCCAGAAAUGGCCAGAACUGCUGCCUGCUGGAAGAAGCGUACGCCAUGGUGUCGGCACUGCCGCAACGCUCUGAGAAUACCCACCACGUCUCCUUGAUUGAGAACUACCCCGCCACCCUUGAAGCGUUAGGGGAGCCUCUUAGACAGGGACCCUUCCAAGUUUGGGAGGGGGCUCCUGGAAUAAGGACGUCCUCUCGAGGUCACCACCGCCACGUCUUCCUCUUUAAGAACUACUGCAUCAUCUGCAAAUCCAAGAGAGACAGCAACACCGAUUCGCAAACAUACGUCUUUAAGAACAUGAUGAAGCUGAACAACAUUGACGUGAAUGACACGGUGGAGGGUGACGACCGCGCUUUUGAGAUCUGGCACGAACGCGAAGAUUCGGUGAGGAAGUACACUUUGCAGGCCCGAACCGUGACCAUGAAAAACUCGUGGCUGAGAGACUUCCGAGAACUUCAGCAGAGAUACAGCAUGCCCGCCUGGAGUCCUCCUGACUUUGUCGAAAUACUGGCAAACUGCACAGCCGAGCUUGGGCAGACUGUUAAACUGGCGUGCAAGGCCACGGGAGUUCCCAAACCUGCCAUCACCUGGUACAAGGAUGGACGCAUAGUUGAGGCAGACCCUCAUCACAUAAUUAUCGAGGACCCCGACGGCUCCUGCACACUCAUACUGGAUAACAUGACAGCCGAGGAUUCGGGCCAGUACAUGUGCUUUGCCACGAGCUCAGCCGGCAACGCCAGCACGCUGGGCAAGAUCACCGUACAGGUGCCUCCGCGGUUUGUGAACAAAUUGAGGAAUGCGAUUUGUGUCUCCGGUGAAGACGCUCAGUUCACCUGCGUCAUCCAGAGUGCUCCCAGUCCCAAAAUCAGAUGGUUCAAGGACGGCCGCCUGCUGAGCGACCAAGAAAAGUAUGAGACCUACAGUGAGCUCCGCAGCGGAGUUUUGGUCUUGGUGAUCAAAAAUGUGACGGAUCGAGACCUGGGACACUACGAGUGUGAGUUGUCCAACCGUCUGGGCAGUGCCAGGUGUGCCGCUGACUUAGUUCCUCUAUCGGCCGCUAGCAGUGGUGAGCAGGCCAUUGUUCUUGAAGUUACCGAGCAGGAAACAAAAAUACCAAAGAAAACCAUCAUCAUUGAGGAGACGAUCACCACAGUGGUGAAGAAUCCAAGAAUGAGGAGGCACAAGUCCCCUGGCAUGACUGGCACUGGAGCCCACCGCUUGGAGAUGACCGCCUCAGAGACCUCCACCAGCAGGACCAGGCGGAUGGCCGCCGCUCCCAGGAAAAGCGCGGUGCCAACCUACUAUGUCACAGAAGCUGAGGGUGCGGAGGGUGCCAGUUCUAUUGUCGCUGAGAGCAAGCCCAAUUGGGUUGAGGUGGAGGAGGUGAUCGAGUACAAGGUCAAUAAAUCUCCCAGGCCAUCCAGGAGGAGGGGUGUGUCGCCGGCCAUCUUGGACCGCUCCGCCGCUCCUUCCAGACCCAAAAGAUCACCCGCAGAGAACCCGAAUGCAAACAAUUCCAACAACAAUCUGGUGGAGCUGGGAGGCAGCGCCUGGGAGGAUGAGGCGACUCCGUCUGGUUCAGGAGAUCCCUUUGAGAUCUCGUCUGUUCUUACCACGGCUGGGGAGGCUCGUGAAGACCCGGAGGAUCUGCAAAUCGUCAUCUUGGAACCCGAUGAUGAUAAUGAUGAAGACCUUUAUGGAAAGCAGGAAGCAAAGACACUAACACGUGGAAGUCAUGUUCUAGCACUGGAAGACUUGGAGGAUUACGUCCCACAGGAAGGAGGAUCUGACGGUUCGACCAGCUACGGUCCUGUCGAGAAGCCCUGUGAGAUCUCCGUGCUCCAGAGGGAGGUUGGCGGCACCGCCGUGGGACAUCCGGUGCUCCUCAACGUGGGACGUCCCGUGGCGGCUCCGAGGCAUAGAAGCGGAUUUUUCUCUCGCUGCAGAGAACAUCUAGCCGGCAAUGUUUUCUCAUCUAAUGCGCCACAAGGAAGCAGUACCCAGUCGGAAAGGCGUGUCCCCAUUCAAGUGAGCCACGCCAAGCUGGAGGUGAAGCCUUCGUACUGCUCCGAGGUGCAGAGGGUGGGAGGAGGGCAGCGGAGCUUUAAAACCAAAUUAUCAACGCAGAUGUCCGGCUAUACAUCCGUGGGAAACCCUGUCACACUUCAAAUCAGCGACAAACAACAACCCCAAAACCAGUAGCUUUGAAUUCUGUUCGCCGCAAUCCUCCUUAGUCUUAAACACCAUCGGUUUGAAUCCUCUCCUAACUUUCAGAAUAUUUUCAGCUGUUAACAAACCAUUCCUUAUGACAAAAUAAUGGUUGGACGGUAACACGCGAUCACGACAGUCAAAACUGAGUGAUCGUCGCCUUCGAUUCACUCAAACCAAACUGUGGACCAGAAACCUGAUUGUUUCUUGUCACAGACACCGAAAGAAACAAAAAGAUCGAGUGGAAUGACAAUCAGUUACCAUUACAAAUACUUGUAAGUAAUGAGCUGAUGUUUUCUUGAAGCAACUAUGGCAUUAGAGAGCACACUACAUCCAUGGUAUUGCAUGUGACCUCCUCUUGUGCAACAUAAUACAACAUUGGUAAAAUAGAGGAGAUUUUCAGACCGUUAAAUCAACAACUGCUGAUAUUAGCAAAAGGCGGACACGCUGGACUGGUCACUUGUCACCCAAAAGAACACAGACAACCAGUGUAGUCUACAUUCACGUCACUGAGUGGGAAAGGAACCCCGCAGUGAGUGAAGCACGACACUGUCAAUGACUUCAAAAUAAAACGUUUACUCAGAAACACAAAAUUGUAAUUGAGGGAAGCGUUAUACAGUUACCAUAAAUGAUAGCAUUUAGGUAUGAAUUUGCUACCUUUUAUUAGUAUUUCAUAAGAUUUCAUGUGUUGAUUUAAAUAGAAACUACUUCCAAAAUUUGAUUGUUAAAGGUCAACAUGUAGAGGGAGACGACGAUUAGAUAUACAACCUAAUUCAGUCAUUUGCGUUAAUCAUUUAUCGUGUUGAUACAUUUAUAGUGCAUUGAAUUGUCUCCGAGUCUGUUCAUGUGGUGCAAUAACGUGAGCUCAUGGGCUCCUUUUAAGUUCAUUUCAAUAAUUGACUGCAUGCUGCUUUUCCAAAGCACUGAGUAUUUCAAUUUAAUAAAGGGAUUAAAGUCCUGCUUGAGUAAGGAUUUGGGUUCUGUGUCAUUCAUAACGCUCUCAAAAGAUUGUAAUCGCUUGUAUUUGAAAUGUGUUGUUUUUGAAUGGAAAACAUGUUUGCUUUCAAAUGUGUUAAAAUCUGAA